GAUGACCUGGAUUUGCCAAUGCCCCAGAAUUUCAAAGACGUUCAGCUUCUGAAAUUCAAGAAGCGAGGGCUCUUAGACCCUUCUGCCCACUUGAAAGACACACAGCACCAUACAGAAGAAGCACUGAAAGAGCUUUUCUGCCAUGUUCAUAAUAUGCCAGAUUCCGCCAAGAAAAAGAAGCUUAUUCAGCAGUUUCAGAAGCACCCUGAAGCCCUCACUCCUCAGACAGCUAUAUCCACACAGAUUCAGAAACGUGCCCGAACUCGUUCCUUCAGCGGCCUAAUCAAGCGUAAAGUGCUGGGAAGUCAAGUGAUUUUAGACAAAAAGAAAAACGAUAUUGUUACAGAACCUGCAGGCACUCAGGAUUCAAAGCAUGGCAGCAAGGAGAAUAUCAGCAUG